AUGAGACUCUCAUCACCCAUUCCCGGUCAUACGCGAACACCCUCGACGGGCCCCGGCCCCUCUGCCCUAUCCAGUGCUUUGGCGGGCAGUUCUCAGCCAGCUCCUCUGAUGGCUGCUGGCACUCCUCCAAGAGCAGUGGAUGCAGUUCUCAACGAACGCGCACCACGAAGUAAUUACGGAUCAUUCGAUACAAGACAGAUAGCAGGAAGUCCAGCACCUAAAGAAGAUCCAGAGAUCGUCAAAAGGCAUUUGGUACAGCCUGAAGAAGGCAGAGGUCGCUUCAGCAGUCCCCUAAGAUUACAACAAUUUGACGGUGCGAACUCGGACGAAUUUUCCAGUCUACAACUUCAAGGAGGAGAUAUCACCCGUCAAGUAUAUCGCUGGGCUGAGGACGCAGAUGGCAGUAUGAGAAGUCGCUACAAACGCAGCCAAAGUUUUCAUGUAAAGAGACCGGAGCCCCAAGACGAAACACUGGACAUCAACAACAUCAGGCAACCUGGGGGGUUCAGACGCAAUUAUUUGAGGAGAAAUGCUGGCAGUCCUGCCCCUACUGGUCGCGCACCCGGCCGUGGCAAUGUUGAAACAGACAGACCACAGCCAAAAUUGUUCACAAACAGCUUCUUCGAAUUCCUAACUCUGUACGGUCAUUUCGCAGGUGAAGAUCUGGAAGAGGACGACGAGGUGCUAGAGGAAGAUGAGUAUUUCUCUUCCGAUGCUGAGCACACCUGGGGAGCGGACGACUCGGAGGAACGAGAUUAUGCAGAAGACAGCGCGCUGCUGACUCCCGGCGCCAAAAAGAGGCGCAAGCAUCGCACAAGAGCUCCUGCUGGUGAGGGCAGUAGUUUUAACGCAGCUUUACUACUCCUCAAGUCUUUCGUAGGCACUGGCGUACUCUUCUUGCCAAGAGCCUUUCUCAACGGAGGCAUGCUCUUUUCCUCCUUGGUCCUUGUGGGAGUGGCCGCCCUCAGCUUUUACUGUUUCGUCCUCCUGAUCAAUACUCGAUCCGUGGUCGAGGCCUCUUUCGGUGAUAUGGGCGGUAUACUGUAUGGCAAGUGGAUGCGAUUUGCCAUCCUCUCCUCCAUUGUCCUCAGCCAGGUAGGCUUCGUCUCGGCAUACACAGUCUUCACGGCGGAAAAUCUUCAAGCAUUCGUCUUGGCUGUAACCAAAUGCAAAUCGUUCAUCGACAUCAAAUUUAUGGUCAUGUUACAGGUCGUCAUCUUCCUACCUUUGAGCUUAAUUCGGGACAUUGGCAAGCUCGGUUUCACAGCCCUUGUCGCAGAUGCUUUCAUUCUUCUUGGCUUGAUUUAUCUGUAUUACUACGACAUCUUCACCAUUGUUUCGAAUAGAGGCAUUGCCGACAUCACGCUCUUCAACUCAUCAAGCUGGACACUGUUCAUCGGCACUGCUAUCUUCACUUUCGAAGGAGUGGGUUUAAUCAUACCCAUUCAAGAGUCGAUGAAGCACCCACAAAAGUUCCCUGGCGUGCUUGCAACAGUCAUGGUGGUCAUCACAGUUGUAAUGGUAUCUAUCGGUGCAAUCUCAUAUGCUGCGUAUGGCUCCUCUACGAAGACAGUCGUUCUUUUGAACCUUCCUCAAGAUAGCCACAUGGUCAAUGCGGUACAAUUUCUAUACUCACUGGCUAUUUUACUAUCGACACCAUUGCAGCUAUUCCCGGCCAUCCGUAUUUUGGAGACUGAGCUGUUCACGCGAAGCGGCAAAUACAAUCCCUACAUCAAGUGGCAGAAGAAUGUUUUCAGAUUCGUCCUUGUCGUUCUAUGUUCACUGAUUGCUUGGGGCGGAGCUGGGGAUCUGGACAAGUUUGUUUCUCUGGUUGGAAGCUUCGCAUGUGUUCCUUUGGUUUAUGUGUACCCACCACUGUUACACUUGAAGGCGGUCUCGAGGACUCGAUGGCAAAGGAUGGCAGACUAUGCUCUUUGCCUGCUGGGAGUUGUAGGGUGUGCAUACACUACCGCCUUGACUAUUCAACAGUGGGCGGGAGGUACGCAAGGGAAAGCCCCAGGAUACUGUGAUCCUCAAUAA